AUGCUCUCGUCCGCAGGCUCGUGCAUGUCGCGAAGUUUGGCGAGCAAGGCGGCCAUGUUCGAGUUCUCCAAGUCAGAGCGACUCGUCGACUUCCUCUGCUCCAGGCUGCCCAUGAACCAUCACGCGCUUCCUGACGUGCGGUACCUCGACGAGAAGUUGAAGCUCAAGUACGGUCCCAACAGCAAAGUCUGCAAGUUCCUCGUUGGGAGCAGCUGGGACGGGCUCCCCUCUUUGGUGGACCCGGCGUAUCAUCUACCUGCGAGUCGAAAGCUGCGAAAAAGACAACAGCUCAUGAGCAUCUUCAGGGCGGUGGCGCCGUUGCUGCUGUGCGAGAGAAAGGAAUCGAAUCCUCUUAAGCUGGUGGACUUCUGUGGCGGGGGAGGGCAUGUCGGUCUGCUCUUGGCUUUCCUGUUUCCUGAUGUUGAGGUCAUUUGUGUCGACAAGAAUGUUCGCGCCCUAGAACUCGGGGUGCAGCGUGCCAAGGAUCUGAGUCUGAGCAACUACCGGACGGUGGAGGGCGAGGUGAUGGAGUUCGACGAGGCCUUCGACGUCGGGGUCUCGCUUCAUGCCUGUGGAGCAGCGACAGACAUGGUCAUUUCUAAGUGCCUCACGCACUCGGUGCCUCUGGUUGUUAGCUCUUGCUGUGUGGGGAAGAUCGGUCUAACAUCGUUCGCAACUCUGCGCAUGCCUGGAGAUCCGUCGGAACAGCCGGUGUGGGACGAGGCCAAGGGGUCGAGCAUGAGAGAGCUGUUGCGAGAAUAUGCCAGCCUGCAUGGUGAGGAUGGAGACAACGAGCACACACUCUUCGUGCGACUGUCGAAGGCUGCGGACUACAGUAAGGUUGAGUUCACAUCUAUCACCAUCCAUCGCAUGUUUGCCAAGCUUUUGAUCGAGCUAGAUCGCCUGGACGGCAUUCGUGAGCUCAGUGCCAACACAGGCUCAAGAUUCGAUGGACGGAUAUGCAAGAUGGAGCCGCUCACUGCGACCCCCAAGAACGACAUCCUGAUUGCCUGGCCCCAGUCUGUGGCUGUUGACGUCGAUAGCUUUCGACUCAGCAAAGAUCCGUUGACCAGCCAGAAUUUCACGAGCGUCAGGACUGAAAUGAAGGCCUGCGAUGAUUGCAAGAUCACAGGGCUGGCCGAGAUCCGUCAGAAGCUCGUUGCCUUCAAGGACGAUCCAAGUCAAAGUUGUUUGACGUUGGAAGACGUUCAAGGAUCUCAGGCGAGAAAGCUCGUGCAUGGCGAAGCAGAACGACUUGGGUUGCUGCAUGCGUCAGAGGGAAAGGGUAAGGCACGGAAAGUGAUUGUUCGAAAGCUAGAGACAAAAAGUCCAUGCUCAUAA